CUCUCACCUCAGCGAGCCGAGAGCAUGAGCGGAUCCGUGUCUCGGCUUCCUCCGCGGCGGUUCGUCCUCCAUGCCUCCGUCUGAACAAGUUCCUUUGGUCGGAUGUUACCCCUCCGAGCGUCAUUUGGGAGAGAAUGCGUCUUCUCGUUUUUGCGACUUUAUUUGGAGUCCUUCUCGACGCAGGAGAUGCCCUUCAGAUCCAGUGCUACCAGUGUGAGGAGAUGAAGCACAAUGACUGCUCCACGCCGGAGUACAUCGUCAACUGCACCGUCAAUGUACAGGACAUGUGCCAGAAGGAGGUGCUGGUCAAACCCGAUGGAAUACAUUAUCGGAAAUCCUGUGCCUCCUCCGGGGCGUGCCUCAUCGCCUCCUCUGGCUACCAGCAGUUCUGCACCGGCAGGCUGAACUCAGUCUGCAUCUCCUGCUGCAACACCCCGCUCUGCAACGGGCCCAGGAGGAAGCGUCCCGUCCCUUCAGCGGCGAUGUCCAUCCCUCAAACGAACCGGCCUUUUCUCCUCUUCCUGACCUUCUUCCUGCCGCUGCAGAUACUGACGUAGACUGAGGAUCCCAUCACGUCUCUGCUGUUCACCUUGGAGCUCGGACCUGUGACUGCUGUAAUGUACUGAAGGAGCAGCUUUGGACAACACACUGGCUUUUUAUCUUCGCAGCAUCAUGAAAAAACUGUUAUUCUGAUCGAUAUAAUACCGGAACUACUGGGAAUGACACUGGAAAACCAGAGAAGUGGACGCAUACCGAGCUUUCCUAAUCAUUUAUUGCUCUUGUUGCUAGAGGAGGACCAUCCAGUCUGCAGCCGAGGCAUCUCUCAAUUUUUUUGCUUUUAGUGAAGUGGAGCGUUUUGUGAGGAAUCGCUCUGAAGUUAUUUUCUGGUUAUUACACGCUGUAAAAGGUGUUGGUGGAAGUCAUUGUAGAAAAUUAUAUUUUUCUGCUUUUAUUUUGUGGGCUUUGUUUGAUAGAUGGUUUGAAAUGGCACUGUUAGGUUUCUUUCUUGUUGACGCUGUUGCUGUUAAUAUUUUGAACUGAUUACUGACAUUAUAAACCUAAAAUAGAAGGCAAUUUAAUUCAGCCAAAUAAGAAUGUGAAGAGUUCUGACGUAUCUUGUUAUAUUAUUUAUUAUAUAUAUUUUCCACUGCCGCACAGUAUUGAUUUUACUACAUGGAUUAUGUACCAUGCUAAAAAAUUGUUUUGGAAAGCGUAGUUGUGUUAUUGCUUAUUCAUCCUCCAUCAUAAGUUGAAAGAAAGUUGAUUCUGUGAUACAAGAAGCCAAUUAGAUAUAUUAAUUAGACAUUAAUAUUCCAUAUACUCCUUUAUGAAAUCUAUGUACUUUAUAAUACAUAGUGCAGUGAAAGAACUAGCUAUAAGCACAAAUUCAUUCUCACGAGAGAAAUGCUUCAGGGUGAUAUUAUAUUUCCCUUUGAGUUUAUAUUUCUUUAGAACUUUAAAUUAAACAUAUUCCCAAAUCAUAGCUAGUGUUGCAUGUAACCAAUGCUGAAGACCAAAUACUGCAUUUUAUAAUCGAAACCAAUGAAAAGAAUUUUGACUUACUGUAUGGAUUCCUGGAUUUCCAUUUCCAGGUGGGAAUUUUGUGAAAAUUGCAGGUUGAUAUUUCCCUCCAAAAUAUUUAUUUGCCUAUUUAUUUAUUAUUGAUUAUUGCUUUCUUUCUGUGUCUGUACAGUGUUAAAUUUAAAUGUAGUGAAUGUGCUGUAGGUGACAACAACGCAGACAUUCUCUAUUCUCUAACUGUAUCUUAAUGCCACACAUGAAUGUAUUUACGGUGUAAAGCAGAGCAAAAGCAAAGAGAAUCUCUGACACUGAUUUGACAUUAUUUUCACAUUAUAUGGUUUUCAUAUUAAAGAUAAUAUUGUUUGUUGAUUAAUGUUAUAAGACUUAUUUCAGAGCAUCGUGUGACUGUUCUGGAAACCAAAAAUGAGAUGGACCCUGCGAUAAAUGUUAAAAAAGUUUUUU